AGUGACGCUAGUUGAUCAAGCUGAAACUUUGAAAAUUGCACAUCAUAAUGCUGCACUGAAGCCAAGGUCAUUACAUUCGAAGAUUUAAGCUGUCACAUUCUUACCAGGACGCCAUCUCAACCACAGGAAGUCAAUUGCUUUGAGGAAGAAGCUGAUGCUUGCAAUAACUCCUGGUUAUUUUUGAUCUGAAAAAGGAAGACCAAAUUGAGUUUUGAUCAGAAGGAAGCAUUUUGGAAACGAGCUGUUACCGACUUCUCCAAGUUGUGGCAGAUUGCUUUCAUCAUGUCACUCAAGCAGGAAAAGAGCGAGCCAACAGACAGCUCAGAGCCUGAGCAAGAUUGUAACACAAUGAACUUCAAUCAAGAGACAAAAGAAUCGACAGAUAAGCCUCCCAAAAUGAUUGACACCAGUUGCACCCAAAUCAGUUUGGCAGAAUCGUUCGUUGCCAUGGAGUUGUCAUUUGAAACCCAUCAGGAGGAGAAAGUCCGUAUCCCUAACAGCAGCUCGACUCGAUUUAGCUUUCGGAAGCUCUGGGCCUUUACCGGGCCUGGCUUUCUGAUGAGCAUUGCAUAUCUGGAUCCAGGAAACAUUGAAUCCGACCUUCAGUCUGGGGCUAUAGCAGGAUUUAAGAUCAUUUGGGUCUUGCUGUUGGCCACCAUUCUGGGUCUCGUGUUACAGAGGCUGUCAGCCAGGUUAGGAGUUGUAACUGGCAUGCAGUUGGCCGAAGUGUGUCGCAGGCAGUAUCCCAAGUUCCCUCGAAUUGUUUUGUGGUUGAUGGUGGAGCUGGCAAUCAUUGGCUCGGACAUGCAGGAAGUGAUUGGAUCAGCCAUAGCUAUUAACCUGCUGUCUAUUGGAAGGAUUCCCCUGUGGGGAGGAGUGCUAAUCACAAUUAUAGACACCUUCUUCUUCCUCUUCUUGGAUAAGUAUGGUUUAAGAAAACUGGAGGCUUUGUUUGCGUUCUUCAUUGCAGUUAUGGCCGUGACUUUUGGAUAUGAGUAUGUGACUGUAAAACCGGACCAAGUACAGCUGUUGAAGGGGAUGUUUGUACCCAUGUGUCAAGGCUGUGGAACCAGGGAGUUGCAGCAGGCGGUUGGCACUGUCGGAGCUGUAAUCAUGCCUCACAAUAUCUAUUUGUACUCUGCCUUGGUCAGGUCCAGACAAGUGAACCGAGCUGAUAAGAAUGAGGUGAAGGAGGCGAAUCGCUACUAUUUAAUCGAAGCCUGCAUGGCUCUGUUGCUGUCAUUCAUCAUCAAUGUCUUUGUGGUCUCAGUGUUCGCUGAGGCUUUCUAUAAUAAGACCAAUGCACAAGUGCACGAAGUGUGCGCCAAUAGCAGUAGUCCGCAUUCUGGCCUCUUCCCAAGCAAUAACAACACUCUCAGUGUCGACAUCUAUAAAGGGGGCGUUGUGUUGGGCUGUUACUUUGGUCCUGCUGCUCUCUACAUCUGGGCCAUUGGCAUCCUAGCUGCAGGCCAGAGUUCGACCAUGUCGGGGACAUAUACUGGACAAUUUGUCAUGGAGGGUUUCUUGAACCUCAAGUGGUCUCGUUUCACGCGUGUGGUCUUCACACGGACAAUUGCGAUUACCCCCACAUUAUUGGUGGCUGUUUUCCAAACUGUGGACACAUUGACAGGAAUGAAUGACUUGCUGAAUGUUCUGAUGAGUUUGCAGCUGCCUUUUGCAUUGAUCCCGAUAUUGACGUUUACAAGCAUGGACUCAGUCAUGCAUACCUUCGCUAAUGGUCUAAUAUGGAAGAUCAUCGGAGGAUUUAUCAUUCUGAUCAUCUGCUGCAUUAACAUCUAUUUUGUGAUCGAUUACGUGAGGAGUCUCCACAUGGUCGUGUUUUAUGCUGUGGCAGCAAUCAUAGCGGUCGCCUACCUGUCGUUUGUAUGUUACUUGGUGUGGUUUUGUUUGGUAGCGAUGGGUGUCCAGACCUUAGCCUGUGGGCGUGCAAGUCAGUGCCAGCAAGAUGACGAUCUUGCAAGGUCAGAAGCACAUGUUCUGUCGGAUAGUAGAUCUACGCUCAGCAGACAGUAGCACCUUCCAUUGAAGACUGUAUCGAGAGGAGUUGCGUGAAGUGUUUAUCUUGCUGACAGAACCAUUUCCAAAUGGGUGUGAGUCAACAUAUUUGCUGCAAAUAAAUGAUUGUCACGAAUCACAAUGAGGAGUUGUAUUGAUACCCGAUUCAGAAGACGAUGAUGAUGAGAUUUGAUUUUAACGACAAGCAAAAGUCAUAAUUUCCACUUGACUUCUAUCUGACCACUGGAACUGAAGAUACAAUCAUUGGAUCAGGGGUGAAACCAGUGCCACCCUGUUAUGAUGGCAGUGAUGCCCGUGGGCAGUGCUAGUGACGUUGAAUUUCUGAGGUGUUUUAUCUGGGCUCAGCUGUGUUAUUGGAGGCUAACCUGCCUCCUGCUGGACCCAAGUCAGAAAUAUGUUAAAAUAUUUAAUGAAUUGAUCCCUUUCACAGCAGACUGAAAGGGGCAUUCUGGGAAAUUCAAGGUGGUAGGGAGUCACCCGACUGUCAGGCUGCUGAAGGGUGGCGAGCAUGUGUGUUCACACAGAGAGACCCUGGACCAUGUAAAUGUCAGUGAGCUUCUCAGCAUCACUCAGAAUGGUUUCAGCUUCCAGCUCCCAGACCAAACCACCACAACAUGGCCGAGAACCUUCUCUGUCUGAUGUAAAUUCUCAACUUGUUUUUUUCCUUACCAGAAAAAGAAUGUUUUUUGGAGGUAGGAGACAAUGUAAGACAGGACGAAGCAAGAGAGAAAGAGAGAAAUAGGAGAACGCGAGAGAGAGAGAGGAGGAGGCAAGAGGGAGAGACAGGAGGAGGCGAGAGACAGAAACAAAAGGAGGCGAGAGGGGGAGAGAGAGACAGGAGGAGGCAAGAGAGAGAGACAGGAGGGGGUGAGAGAGAGAAAUAGGAGAACGCAAGAGGGAGAGAGGAGGAGGCAAGAGGGAGAGACAGGAGGAGGCGAGAGACAGAAAUGCGAGGAGGUGAGGGGGGAGAGAGACAAGAGGAGGUGAGAGAGAGAGAGACAGGAGGAGGUAAGAUGGAGGCAGAAGAUAGACAGGACGAAGCAAGAGAGAGAGAGACAGGGCCAGGCGACCUUUCUCGGAGGUAGAGACCACUGUACCACAAGAGCCCUUGCUACUCCAGUGUAUUGUGGCUGUGCCACAAAGAAUCCCAUUGGUACCCCUUCACUGGUUCUGGAGGCCCAUUGGUGCUGGGCCUGUGCUCAGUCAAUGGAGCCUGUUUGUCUCACCCAGUUUCUGCACUCCCUUCCAGCCCCGCCCCUCCGCUGUGAUCGUUGGUGCAUUGAGGGAGAAGGGAGGUUUCUGCCUGUGCAUUGUCACGUGGUAUAAUUCUUUCAAUGUUUGCCGUUGUAUUUCAAAAUGAUCCUUAAUUAUCAUAA